CUUUACAACGUGACCUUUCUCAGUCGAGAAGGCAUGGAUACAAAACUUAGGUCGUGUACACUAAUCUUAGCGAUUCAGUUGUCUGCACCAGCAAGCGUAUUUAGUGUAGACUAUGUAGGAUUAAAAUCUGGCGGAUAGUGAGAAGUACAUUGUAUUCGACGAUGGAAAACAAACGGGUAUUGCUUCUUCUCAACCGGGACGUGACUUAUUGGUGAGGCGACUAGAAACAACAUUCGGUUAGAAAGAAGGAAACGAUGAGGUCCCUCGGCCCGCAGCUUCUGCAUAAACUCAGCAGACACUGCCGUCUUCUGGUACCAGAACUGGCCAAGACACAUGUGAUUCAACUGCUGAAAUAUCCCUGCACUGCUCCACUAUGCUCCUUAAGAUCCCCGACUCGACACUUUUUUACGUGCGUUUCAUUGAGAAAAGAUGUCCCCCAAACUCAACAGACAGAUCAACCAGUGGAGAAACUUGACCUGGACAUCUGGAAGUCUGUUAUGAGAUCACAAGUGUCUAUGGAGGAGAAACCAGAAUGUGUUGAAGAAGGCCUUGCAUCACAAGGACCCGAAGAUGCAGGUGAGGACUCCUCAUUGGAGGCCACCCGGGAGCUGGUGAUGAUGUGGCGUCAGGCUGGGAAGCUGGUACCAGAGAACAUGAAAGAUGAGGAUCUGCUGGCGCUAGCUAAGCUCACCACUAAGUCCUCAAAGAAGAAGUACCUAAAAUACUUAGCCAUCAAGGAGGGCCAUAAGAAGGCCCGCAAGGAGAAGCAGGAAGAGAGGAAAGCUAAAAGAGUGUAUCUGGAGGAUAAUCGGGUGAAGGAGGGGGAGGAAGACAUGGAUGAUGAAGGUGGACAAACACUGAAGAACACUUUCCUCCUGCAGUUCUGGAGCCGAUCUCUGGACAAGCUGCUGGCCUGGCGAAGUGCCCAGUCCAUGGUGUUCGGCCAGCCGUUAGUGUUCGACAUGAGCUACGAGCAGAGCAUGGCCAAGCGGGAGGUGGAGAACACCGUCUCCCAGCUGCUGGAGGUGGAGGGCUCCAACCGCAGAGCCAAAGAGCCAUUCCACCUGCACUUCUGCAACUUGCAGCCCGACAGCGGCUACCAGCGCGAGCUGAUCAAACGCUACGGCGCGGACGCCUGGGAACGGCUGCUCAUCACCGCCUCAAAUCAGAGUUACGUGGACAUGUUCCCCCCCGAACGGCUCGUGUACCUCACCGCGGAUUCUCGCAACGUCCUCCGCACCUUUGACCAUUCCAAGGUCUACAUCGUGGGCUCGCUGGUGGACCGCUCCAUCCAGACGGGCUUGUCACUGGCCAACGCCAAGCGUCUGAACCUCGCCACCGCACGCCUCCCUCUGGACGAGUUCCUCCACUGGGAGAUCGGUGCCAAGAAUCUGACCCUGGACCAGAUGAUCCGCAUCCUGCUGACCGUGAAGGAGACGGGCAGCUGGCAGGAGGCGCUGGAGUUUGUACCCAAGAGGAAACACGAUGGUUUUCACCCAACGCAGCAUGAGCCGCAGGCACCACAGUCAUGGCAGAAGAAGGUGUGGGAGAGGCAAGGCCCAAGCUCCAGGCCUACUAGCAGAAUGGGUAACAGUGAGGGGACAGGUCGGGAGUCCCACUACACGACCAGAGACCCUGGUUUUAGAGGGGGGGAUAAAGAUGGUGCCAGAACGGUGAGGGACAGGGAUAAUGAUGUCAAUAGUGGAGCCAGAGACAGAAGAUCCUCAAACACCCAUAAGGACACAGCUGGGCGUAGAGAGAGGGAUGGAACGGCAUGGACAGGAGAUGAAAACAAACCACCCAGCAGAGUCCGGACAUCUCUGAAGAGCCAGAUGGAGGAGCAACGGAGGAGCUCGGGCAAGAAGAACAGCUGGUGGAAAGACGAGAGCCCAUGAGCAAGAUCCCCAGACUCUUCCUUAUUAUGUGUGUAUGUGGUUCCAAAAUGAACUAUGACGUAUUGUUUACAUGCAUACAGAUAAAAGGAAAGCAUGUCCAUUAAA